AUCAGCACUUCCCGCCUUGUCCCUCACCGCCAUGUCCGCUGAUACUGCUUCCCGACCCAUGCGCGAGCGCGUCGCCGAGUUUGUGACCGCGCUGCAAGACGAGAUCGUCGGCGCGUUCGAGAAGCUGGACCCCAACUCCCCUCCCUUCAAGCGCGACUCCUGGGUGCGCGCGCAGGGCGGCAGCGGCCGCUCGUGCGUCUUCGCGACCCCCGAGCUCGACCCCGCGACGCUCGGCCCCAACGCACAGCUACCCGUGCUGGAGAAAGCGGGCGUGAACGUGUCCGUCGUGCACGGCACGCUCCCCGGGCCCGCGAUCCGCCAGAUGCGCGGCGACCACCAGUCGAUGCCCCUCCCCGAGGACCUCCCCGGCGGGCUCCCCUUCUUCGCCGCGGGCAUCUCGCUCGUCAUCCACCCGCGCAACCCGCACGCGCCGACGACGCACGCGAACUAUCGCUACUUCGAGAUCUGCGAGGCGCCCGCGGAGGGCUCGAGCGAGCCGGGGAAGGUGAUCGCGUGGUGGUUUGGGGGCGGGUCCGACCUGACGCCGUACUACUUGUACGAGGAGGACGCGGUGCACUUCCACAAGACGGUGAAGGCGGCGGUCGAGCCGCACGGCUCGGCGCUCUAUCCGGCGUUCAAGAAGUGGUGCGACGAGUACUUCUACCUCCCGCACCGUGGCGAAGCGCGCGGCGUCGGCGGCAUCUUCUUCGACGACCUCAACAGCGGCAGCCAUCUCAAGAUCCCCAUUCCGAAGGAGAAGGAGGGCGACACGAAACUCCGUCCAUACUCUCAGGAGGAAUGCUUCCAGUUCCUACAGUCCGCCGGCAAGUCGUUCGUCCCAUCCUACCUGCCUAUCCUCGAGCGCCGACACAAGACGCCGUCGACGCCUCUGCAGCGCCGCUGGCAGCUCGUGCGCCGCGGACGCUAUGUCGAGUUCAACCUGAUGUACGACCGCGGGACAAAGUUCGGGCUCAUGGCGCCCGAGCCGCGCGUGGAGAGUAUCUUGAUGUCGUUACCCGAGACGGUGCGAUGGGAGUACAUGACCGAUCUCGGUGGAGAGGGCACGGAGGAGGGCAAGUUGAUGCACGCCGUGAAGCACGUCCGGGAAUGGGCAUAGGAUGGAAGGUUCAAAAGCACAAUGUACACUUAGCAUAUAGUCGAGGGUCAUUACAAUAUCGGAUCCAUCUGCUCCUCUC